UGCUGGAAGUCGAACGCGGCUAGGGAAGCGGGCGCAGAUGAUAUGACGGCUGAGCAUCUAGCUGGCGCAGCGUCAGUGUGCCGUGUUCUUCUUUCGCCUCCCGGUUUAGUUACGUCGCUGACUAGGUGAAUUAUGUGCGAGGCCUGAGCAUCUUUGUGCCAAAAGAGUAGCGAUGCAGUCUUGAUCUGUCGUUUAAGCACACGAUUUUCAUCUCGACGGCAGCGCAUGGCGUAGGAAAUGGCUGCCGUGAACUGCAAUCUCCAGCGCAGCACGGUAUCUGUCAGGCGUCCUGCGGAUGGUCGGCUGGAAGAAAUUACUCGAAACGGACACAGUCUAUUCCAGUUCAAGCAAACGGUGUGCCAUGCAUGCAAUGGCUUUUAUGGACCGUCCUUUGGCCACCCACUGUGCUGCACCUGCCAUGCUUUUUUGUAUCCUGAUGUGCUUUCCGAGCUGGAUGGAGACCAGGGCUGGAAAAGUGACUCUGAAGACUCCGGAAAUGAUGAACCAGAAGACUUUUAUGACAUGGUGAAGCAUAAUGUUGAGCGCCCAAGGCUGCCAGCAGGAGGUCCAAAAGCUGAUCGACUAGCAGAAUGUAUAUCUGCCCUGAGCAGCCCAAGGCCAGAGGAGUCGAUGCCUGAUGGUGUCCUGGCCCAGCUCCCACUUGAGGUGCUGUCCCUGAUCUUCAGACGGCUGGACGAUGUGUCGCUGUGGCAUUGUAGCCAGGUCUGCCGCCGCUGGCGUCAUAUCCUCGAGUGUGAACUCAGUGAAGAUCAUUGGUCUUUGUUCAUCAAGCAUCGUUGGCCUCUCUUCAAGCCUCCUCACAAAGUCACGUCUUGGAGGACCCUUUACAGUCGCCUGGUGGCCAGUGCACCAUGCCGGCGGUGCCUGCAGGAGCUCAGGGAAGGCCCCAAGGGCCGUGCUUUUGACUGGGGCCCCGAGGGCUCUUGGCGCGCAGUGCGGCUGCAGCAGGAGCUGCGUUUGUUGCAGACAGAGCCUCCUGAAGGCAUUGGAGCUCUGCCGCUGGACCCUCAGUGUGCCCACUGGCAGGCAGCUAUUGCAGGGCCGCCAGACAGCCCAUACGAAGGUGGCCAGUUCCUCCUUUUUCUGCAGAUCCCGAGCGCGUAUCCCAUGAAGCCUCCCAUUGUGAAGUUCCUUACGAAAAUCUUCCAUCCUAACAUAAGCCGCCAUGGGGACAUAGGCAUUGAUUCCAUUCAACAUAACUGGAGCCUGGCACUCACCAUAUCAAAGGUGCUCAUCAGCAUCCAGUCCCUUUUGACAGACCCAUACUGCCUUGUCUGUAUGGAGCCCGAGGUGGGGCGACUCUAUCUUGAAGAUCGCCUGGGCUUUGAGCGCACAGCUAGGCUCUGGACGCUACGCUAUGCCAUGCAUGGUGAUCCGAGCGACUUCCAUGGCCAUGCCUUGGAAAGUGGCUGAAUACUUCAACCAAAGUGUUCCAUGGCCAUAGCCACCCAUGUGUCCUUGUCAACAUGUGCUGCUGUUUCUGCACAAAGGAAGCCAGUCAACAUAAAGUGAGGAGCGGCUGGCUGCAAUUCCGCAAGUGGCACAACUUCCUGCCCACAGGGCCAGGCAGGGGACUGGCCAGCCUAGUCACCGCAUCUGCAGACACCCUUAGAAAGUCUGCACUUUCUGCUCACCUUCCUGGCACCCUCUUGUAUUUUUUUUCCUUUUUUUUUUACCUUGCGUUAACUGAUUUGUGGGUGAAAAAAACAAACGAAAAAAACUUUGUUAGUGGCAAAUCAAGAAUUGCAACAAGUUGUGAUCCAUGACAAGCACAGGAGCUGGAGUAUCAGCCAAGUGUAUGUUCUCAAGUACUUAGUUCCAUAAAAGGAACAGUCUGCUCCGAAAAAUGUGUAACAAAAUGUACCUUUGAGGUAUGUUGAGUAAGAUGACGUACCUGUUGCUCAGUGUUGCUUAAAUGUAGGUGCGCUCAGUUUCUAUCUGUAAUCCCAGAUUACUUGUUCAUUGUGGUUACUAGUGUUGUGAAUUCACACAGCACAGGCCAGUGUAGCAUUUCCUGUAAGCUCAGAGUAACCCCAUUGUUUGAAUAGUUUGAAUACUGUCAUGAGGGCACUGCCCAUUCAUGGCUAACUGCAUGGAGCAAGAAAGCAAGCAAGAAAACAAAAAGCUUUAUCCCUUUGUUAGGUAGUUUGUACCAGGCCUCAAAGCAUUUGGAUGACUACAUUGAAGAUGGGGACAGCAUUUGUGAAGCUUUGCCAGUAUAAAGUUUGGAAUUGAAAUUGUGAAAUGCCACAUACGGCUGUGCUGCAUGUACUUAACAAUAUGACGUUGCACAUUGUAGGCAAAAAGUGUGUCCCCGUUUGAAAUCUUCCCCAGUUGCUGCUGUAACCGGAGAUAGAAACUCUCUUCAAGAAAGAUAAGCUUGUGUUUUUUUUUGUUUUUUUCCCUUAUUGUCUUGUUGCCCUUCAUAAAAACACAGAAAUGAAACUUGCCACAGUUUUGUGUAAUCAUAUCAAGACAGAAAGCCUUAUUGAACAGCAGACAUAAAGGAGACUGGACCUGCUAUUACAAGCAUAUCAAACGCACCUUAGCAAGCUUAGCAAGGACAUUUUAGACUGCAUUGGUGUCACUCUUGUCUUUUUUCACCCCUUUUUUUGCUUUGUGUGUGUUACUGGGUUUGUUCUCGGCCUUUGUCAACGUUCGUCUAUAAGAAAUUGUUAUAAUGGCAGCAGCUGUGUCACAGUUGCUUCAAAUAUUAUUUUUGUUCUUUCAUUAUGAGUGGAAUAUCUCAGUUUUGUAACUUCCAUUAGUAGUUGUGCCUCCCUUGUAUGCUUCUGUGGCUAGAGGACUUUCUGGCUUAGCUACGAUUGAAGUGCUUUGUGUUUCGUGUAACUUGAAUCAAACUUGAAGUGCCACUUUGUAGACAUAAAAUACCAGUAGCAUAUUGGACAUCUGGAAUAGCUUAGAAUACUUCCUGUUCUGUACUUAGUUAACUAGCUACGUCACGUAUGCAAAUUUGUCACUAUUCAUUUCAGGGCAUUAAUUGUGUCUGAAGCAGUUGUAAAUUGCAUUCAGAUGGCACAGACUUUACUUGUACACUUUUUCGUCUGUUUUUGAGGUAGACCAAAAAAUGGAAAGCAUGACAUCGUUACACAUUUUCAUGCUGGGCUUGUUAAGCAAGCCUGCAACUGGAGAUGGUGUAAGCUGUGCAAGACUAGAACAUUGUGCUGUUGGGUCUCAUAAGUCUACAAAAUAUUAUGUUCCUUUAAAAAAAUGUUUGGUUCAAGUUGCACGAAACCCAGCAUGUAAGGGCUUAAUUCAAAUGGGGAAAAAUGUACUGUAGCUUUGUGUGUUAAGUAUUUCUGUUGAAGGCCGCUACUUUUGUUGUGAGGAUGACUCUGUUAAAGUGGAUUAUUUUUUGAUAAUGUUCAAAAAUCCUUCUUGGAGGCUUACUCUUCGUGUGUAAUUGCUCUAUGGCUUGCACACUGGCUGUACAUUUGCUGUAUUAGUCAAGUUUGUAUUGCCGUAUGAUUUGGACUAAUUUUCUUGACACAAAUUGCCUUUAUAAGCUUCUGCAUAAAGCCUAACGUUUCUGACACUGGUCUUCACAGUCACUUCCAUAUGGUAUCCAUGUUCCUCUGCUUGUGCCAGGGCCACAUGAAAUGCUGGUGCUUGUUGCUAUGGUACUGAAUCUGUGAAUGCUUGCCUGCUUAUUGUCACCCCCUUCCCACCUUUCUUUUUGGUCUGUUUUUCUACUGUACAGCUAUAUUGUUCAUUCCCUUUUGUGCUGGGCACAUAAUGGGAAUAUAAUAUCCCUGCAUUGGUAGGAACUGUAGUGUGCUAUCAUAUUCAGUGUGACCUGCAAUGCGCUUGCCAUGACUGCAAUCCAAGAGAAAAGGUUGAGAAGGUGUCGCCAUUCCACCAAUGUGUUCACCCCUUUGCUUUCUUGUCCGUGUGGUAAACUCUGCUGUACCGAGCAGCAAGGAUGGCCUUAGCCCUUAGCGCAGUGUGCUGUGUCAUGGUGCACUGCUGUCCCGGCAUUUUAACAAUUCUCAUUUUCUUUUCUUCUCAUGAUGAAGUGAUUGCUGCUUGGUGGGCUGGUGUAAUAUUGCUCCGUGUGGAGACCAGACAUUGGAACGAAGGCCUAUACAUGGAAUGGCAAAACCACUGUGUAUUUGUUUUGUAAGCAUUUCUCUGGCCAAGCUUGCGCGUUGCGGCUCGUAUUGAGUGUGAUGGUACUUCCAGUUUCUCAUGCUAUGAGAUAUUUCGAGCUGUUUGCUCAUGUAUUUGGUCAGUGCUAAUCUUGCGAGUUUUUGUUACCAAUAGCCGUGAUUUUCCGUGCAACACAUACCAGCACUUAAAUUGUCUACGUAAUAUAACUACACUCACGCUUAAUUUCAAAACUUCUCUUCAUCCUGUUUGUAGCUUUACUGCACAGAGUGAUUUCUUGUAUUAGCUUCAUAGAGAAAUUUUGGUUUUCAUAGAGUGCCAGAAAGGUGAAGAAGUGCUACACUUCAAUAGCAGUUUAUUUUGCCCCCCCACCCCACCUUUCUUUUUUGUUUGCUGUGUCGAACUAGCUACGCAUGUCUCCUAUGUUAUGUAUAGCCUUUUGUGUUGUGGUGUCUGCCUUUCAAGGUAGCAAGCUGUGUGCUGUUUCACCCAUGAAUGCUGCACGGUUGGCCAGGACUGAGAACCAAAAUUUGAUCUGGAUCUGUUGUGUACGUUGUUGCGAUCGCGUGUGCAGCACCUUAACGCUGCAAAUUUUCAAUGGUUGGCCGUUUCAUUUUUUUGCAUGAUCAUAUUUUUGUACAUUUGUUGGCUUGUUUUUUGUGUUUUCUGUUUGCCUAAGCUGGCUUAAUAAAUUCAGUGAUGGAGCACUGGUGGAAACUGUCACAGAAUGCACAUGCACAUGUGUGCAUAAGUGUCAACGUUGAUUGUUUUGGUGUGUUAAGAGGCAUUUAUGUUGCACUAAUGCAAAGUUAUUGAUUCGUGCACAUAUUAAUGUACCAGUAUUUUGUUGCCACACCGUGCUCCAGGUGUGGCAUUUACCGAUCAGCUGACAGACACCUCAUGUGAGCUGGUGCUUGUCCCCUGCAUGGUCACAUUGUUUCAGACAACUGUAAAAGCUCAGCUCAGCUUUGUGUCUUGCAGUGCAAAAACCAUAGCUUUUCUUUUCCGAAUUUCUUUAGCUGUAGGCUGUGGUGCUUCACUAUGAGAUAUUGUUCUUUUGCGGUUGGCACACCUUCAUUGUGUUUUGGCUUUGUAUUUUGGCAACUGUGGUGGGAGAAAUGGCUUACACAGAGAAUUCCACAGGCGAUGCUGGAAAAGACCCCCCCCCCCCCCGCCAUUUGCAAACUGCAGUGCAUUUGGGCAUUUGGAUGUACGCACUGCACCACUUAAGAAGGGGGAGCAUUUAUUUUGUGUUCGAAAUGAUUCCUGUUAAGUCUGAAGUUCAUUUUCUACUAACCAUAUAGUUGACGACUCUUCGAUUGAACUCUUAGUUUAUCAUAGGGACAGAGUAAACCAGCCAUAAGCAAAAAAAAUCUGGUGUUCCCUUCUGUAUUGGUGCAUUGUGUACCUAGUGCUCCUCAUCAGGGAUAUAUUAGACCUCUGGUGUACCAUAGUACUAUACUGUAAAUACAUGUUAAACCUUA